AUACUUUUUCGUCACAAAAAAAUAUAAUAUUUUCAAGAAACAGGAAGAAAACAGUGUGUUUGUGUGAGGGAGUGUUUGAGAGAAGAGAAUGGCGAGUCCACCAAAGCCAUGGAAGGCAGAAUAUGCAAAAUCAGGAAGAUCUGCUUGCAAAACUUGCAAAACCCCAAUUGAUAAAGAAGUAUUACGUCUUGGAAAGAUGGUUCAAUCCACCAAAUUUGACGGUUUUAUGCCUAUGUGGAAUCAUGCUCGGUGCAUCUUGAAGAAGGCAAAACAAAUUAAAUCGUGUGAUGAUGUAGAAGGCAUUGAAACACUUCGUUGGGAAGAUCAGCAGAAGAUAAGACAGUAUGUAGAAGGUGGUGGCAGCGGAUCCCCAAGUUCAUCUGCUUCCACUGCUACAAAAUGCACAAUUGAAGCUUCAAAAACUCCUCGUGCUACUUGUAAGAUCUGCAAAGAAAAGAUUACCACAGGAGAGGUUCGUAUAUCUAGUAAGCCUGAGGGUCCAGGUGCUAGAGGCUUGGCAUGGCAUCAUGCUAAAUGUUUCAUGGAGUCUUUUCCAGCUAUUCAACCUAAAAGUUUGGAUGGUUGGGAAAGCCUGUCAGGUUCAGACAAAAAAACCGUUGAUUCAAUGUUCAAGGUUUCAACUACCAAAGAAGGCAAAGAAGAAGUGAAGGAGGAGAAAGAGACCGUAAAAGGAAGCUCUAAACGUAAAGCAACUGUUGACCGUGACGAGAAGUCAAAGAUAGCUAAGACCGAAGAUUGUGAGCCAGAACCAUCUAAGUUGAAUAGUCUACUAGAGGCCCAAACGAAAGAAUUAUGGGCUCUUAAAGAUGAUCUUAAAAAGAAUGUAUCAACAGCAGAGUUGCGGGAAAUGCUCGAAGCUAAUAAUCAAUCUUCAUCAGGAUCUGAACUUGACCUGCGUGACCGCUGUGCUGAUGGGAUGCUAUUUGGACCACUUGAAAUUUGUUCAAUGUGUUCUGGGCAUCUUCAUUAUUCGGAAGGUACUUAUAAAUGCAGAGGAUUUCUAACUGAAUGGAGCAAGUGUGCCUACUCCACUUCCAAGCCUGCUCGCUCGAAAGGAAAAUGGAAGAUUCCAGAGGAAACGAAAAACCAAUAUCUGAAGAAGUGGUUUAAGACACAACCCCUCAAAAAGCCUACUCGGAUAAUGCCUCCACCUUCACCUGCUCCUGGAAAACUAGCUGGUAACGGAACAUCUCAGUCAUCCUACAGUGAGAAUUUGGGAGAUUUGAAAGUUUCAAUUAUCAGUUUUUCUUCUAACACUCUGGAUGAGUGGAAGACCAAAGUUGAAAGCGUGGGUGGAGAGUUUCAUGCGAAACUCAAGAAAGACACACACUGCUUAGUUGUAAUUGGAGUGCCAGAUAAUCUGAAUGCUGAGACGAGGAAGGCAAGGAGGAUGAAGAUACCCAUUGUAAGGGAAGAUUAUCUGGUUGACUGCUUUGAAAGAAAUAAGAAACUUCGUUUUGAUAUGUAUAAGAUCGAAUCCGCUGAAGAGUCCAAAAGCAUGGUUACUGUUAAAGUCAAAGGGCGGAGCGCUGUGCAUGAAUCAUCAGGUCUGCAAGACACAGGCCAUAUCUUAGAACAUGGCAAGAGCAUUUAUAAUACAACUUUGAGCUUAGCGGACCUAUCCACAGGCAUCAACAGUUGUUAUAUCCUUCAGAUCAUUGAAGAUGAUAAGGGAUCAGAUUGUCAUGUGUUCCGAAAGUGGGGCCGAGUUGGCAAUGAAAAAAUCGGAGGAGUCAAGCUGGAAGAGAUGUCAAAGGCAGAUGCAAUUAUAGAAUUCAAACGACUGUUUCUUGAAAAGACGGGAAAUACAUGGGAAUCUUGGGAACAAAAGACGCUUCAGAAGCAACCUGGGAAAUUCUAUCCAUUGGAUAUUGAUUAUGGGGUGAAUAAAGAUUCACCUCAGAAGAACAAGUUUAAAGAUGCUAAAAGUGAACUUGCUCCCCCACUAGCUGAGUUGAUGAAGAUGUUGUUUAAUGUGGAAACAUACCGAGCUGCAAUGAUGGAAUUUGAGAUUAAUAUGGCGGAAAUGCCCCUUGGGAAGCUUAGCAAAAGUAAUAUCCAGAAAGGUUUUGAAGUAUUGACGGAGCUUCAGAAUCUACUAAACCAGGUGACUGAUAAUCCUGCAGUCAAAGAAAGCAUGAUCGUUGAUGCGAGCAACCGAUUUUUUACAGUCAUUCCCUCUGUUCAUCCACAUGUAAUUAAGGAUGAAGAUGACUUUAAAUUGAAGGUUAAAAUGCUAGAAGCACUUCAAGAUAUUGAAAUAGCUUCUAAGAUAGUAGGGUUUGAUGUUGACAACGGUGAUUCUCUUGAUGAUAAAUAUAGAAAGCUUCAAUGUGAAAUGGUCCCUCUUUCCCAUGAUAGUGAAGAUUAUCGGUUGGUUGAGAAGUAUCUCCAAACUACACAUGCACCUACGCAUACGGAUUGGGCACUUGAACUUGAAGAAGUAUUUACGGUUGAAAGACGAGGAGAGUUUGAAAAGUUCUCACCGUAUAAAAAUAAACUUAAAAACAAGAUGCUCCUUUGGCAUGGUUCACGGUUGACAAACUUUGUUGGUAUAUUAAGCCAAGGACUACGAAUAGCUCCACCUGAAGCUCCAGCAACUGGUUAUAUGUUUGGCAAAGGGGUUUAUUUUGCGGACUUGGUCAGCAAAAGUGCUCAAUAUUGUUUCACCGACAAGAAAAAUCCAGUGGGUUUGAUGCUACUUAGUGAAGUUGCUUUAGGCGAGAUGUAUGAGCUGAAGAAGGCCAAGUAUAUUGAUAAACCUCCAAAAGGAAAAGACUCGACUAAAGGGCUUGGCAAGAAAAUCCCUAACGAGUCCGAACACAUUACGUGGAGGGAUGAUGUUGUCGUGCCUUGUGGAAAACCGUUAUCAUCAAAUGUUAAGGCAUCUGAGUUAAUGUAUAAUGAGUACAUAGUCUACAACACUGAUCAAGUUAAGCUGCAGUUCUUGCUGAAGGUGCGUUUUCAUCACAAAAGGUAAAAAUGAAAAAUGCACAAUGUACAAAAAGAUGGUAGUUUUAUUUUGUUUAUAAAAAAAUUUGAAUGCUAGUAGUGGAUCGACGCUUAUUGCUUAAAGAUCUUUUUUUGGGGUUUACUUGGAGAUCUUAAGUAAAGCGUUUCGUUAUGUAGUUUGGAAUGCUUUUGUAACCGAAGCAAUUUCUAUGUUUUUAGUAAUGUAAUUGCAAAUGGUUUAAUUUCUAACCAUGAUAUUUAUUUGUGA